GUUCAUUCGCAGCCUGUUUCACUCGUAGUGCCACUCAUUCACCCACACAUUGUCUACCCCACGCAAUGUCAGCCGCCAGCACCGAGACUAGCGCCCCGCUGCCCACGGCCGCUGGCCGGGUAUUCUUCCAGCCUGCGCCCGGCGUGGGUUGCGCCGGAUCCAGCCCCAUGCCCCGGGACGACCCGGUCCAAAAAAGGCAGGGAAAAGUGACGGUAAAGUACGAUAGGAAGGAGCUGCGUAAAAGACUUAUCUUGGAGGAGUGGAUCAUUGAACAGCUGAGCGAGUUAUACGAUUGCGAGGAAGAGGAGAUGCCAGAGGUAGAGAUUGACAUUGAUGACCUGCUGGAGGUCAACGGUGAAGAUGAGAGAGCUGUCAAACUGCAGGAAUCCUUAAUAGACUGCUUUAAACCCACAGAGGAUUUUGUCCGUGAGUUGCUGGGCAGAAUAAGGGGGAUGAGAAAACUCAGUGCACCAUCAAAGAAAGGUCUAUAAUGGAUGGCAACCACAUCAACCAUAAACCAACCAUAAUCUAACUGUUCAAGCAUUCUACUGACCUACUGUACCUUGUGUUAACCCUGUUCUACACAAAAGCUCACAAUAGAAAAAAAACGUUUAAAAAAUAAAACCUUUACCCGUGAUGCAAACAUACUGCACAAUCAAUCCAUACAAAGGAUCUAAAAAUGCCAAUAACUGAUGCAAAUAACAUACAAAAUAUGCGUAUGUCAAUGACACAACUACAACCUUUUAAAGUCAUAAACUGAACAUUUUAACAGCAGUUAAAUACAACAAUACUCAACAUUCAAUCAAUAUGAACUUAAAACACAUAUUGUUUUUUUACAAACCUCACAGCUCCUCCACCUCUGAACCCAGCAGCCAUACAAACCAACACUGUCCCAGCAAACGAUACAACCAUAGGGAUUUUAAAAUAAGGAUUUAUUUAUUGUUGAAUUAAGGUGUGCUUUGCAAGCCGUAAGCUAUUUACACACAAUGCUUCAUAGUUUCUCUGUUUUACUGAGGUAUUUAAUGUUCCAACUUUUAAAGUGUUUGCCUGUGUUACAGAAUGAGGACAUGACACUCCAUAGCAUUAUAUUAGCAGCCAAACAGCUGAUUAUCCCCAACUAACUUGCCAGCCAUAAAUGCAGAUCUGAAGAAACAGAUGUUCCCCAAAGCCCAAAUUCUAGGUGGUGCAUGAGAAGCUUAUAGUCCUUCAGAUCUGCAACCACAGAAAGGGUUAGAGACAGAGGACUGUGCAUUUCAAAUCUGCUAUUAUCUGCUGUUCAAGUACCAUCCCCACCGUAGCAAGGCAUGAUGGGUACUGCAGUUCUCUGAGUGAGACUACAAGACCUGUAUGAUUGGCGGUCCUGAGCGUCACAUGUCACAUGACACCCAUUGCUUCCUCCUUUGCCAUCACCGAUUGGUUAACCUCUGCUGAUAAUUAAUGUUCUAACAAAAGAAAACAUAUCAGUCAUCUGUCAGGUCACUGUGGGAGUUUGUGGCGAGGUCAAGCACAAACAUUUGUUACAAAAUUGCUGUAUUGCUUUCUGGGGGGGGGGGGGUGAGUGAUGUAGUUGAUGUAAUACACGAUUAAAUGCCUACUAGAAGAUCUGUGGUAGGGAUACAUGGGGCAGAUCAAAGCACCUGGAGGAGAGGGGCUCGAUAUGCCCUCUGUACCACCACUGAAGGGGGUCACACACUGAGAUCACGUUUCAUUUCAGUUCAUAGAAGGUCGUAGAAGUGUCCGUCGCUGAUUCUAGAGUGAGGAUGUUCUUUUUUAUGUUGAUGGACUAUAUGAGUUAAAAUGAUCCACUUUUUAAAUAUGAUGUUUCCGCAGGCUUAUGGUUGCGCUCGGAAACGAGUUCACAUUUUUACAGGGGAGACUUUUUUAGUGGUAUUUAUUGUAGGCAGCCUCCUUUGCACCAACUACACUUAAAACCAGAAAGCUCUGAUACAAUCACUCCACUUUCACCGGGUUGGCCUCCAGUUCCAAUUCAAACACAGUCAAACCUGAAUGGACUCAUUGGAAAUGGAACUAAGCCCAAACCUGCUCUGUACUAACUCAAGCUGCCAAAGACAAAAGCAGGGCAACAUUGAAUUUCUUUUAGUAGUGAAGCACUCUUGCAUGCUAAUGGCAGAGAAAUGGUUAACGAUAAGAGUAGAUAUUACGAACUUAGAAACAAGCAAAAAAAAAAAAAGGAAUCAUGUUCACCAUAUUUUUACUACUCUGUAGAACUUUAUGGCGUGACUGACACGUCAGAAGGAAACCAGGAAAUUUAACGGUGCUGUUUGAGUUCUUCAUCCUCCCUGCUUGAUAUACGGUUGUGUAAAAGGGGUUUUAAACGUUGGUUGAUGCCGCAGCCUUUGAGUGUAUCUGUCAAGCCUGUCAUUAUUGACACCGUAGGUAGAGGUGCAUCCCUAGCUUCCAAAGUUGCUUCCUUUCCUUGUCUCCCUCCUUUCCAUUUGAAGUGAGAGCACCAUCAACAAACAGAAACUAGGGUCGGCCAUUUUGUUGUCUGCUUUGAGGUUUCCAAUGCAAAUGAGGGGGAGAAGAAGGAAACAGGGAGAUUAACACAACUGUUGAUAUGCACCUUAGGUCAACAGGCAUAGGUAUUUCCUCUCUCAAGAGACUGUUCAGGGGAUGUAGGCGGAAUUUUUUUUAUCUAAUGGAAUUUCAUGAGUAUGUGAAAAAGUAUUUCAAGAGUGUCUGUAUUGGAGAGUUUUAUGUUUGCAUGUGUUUUUAAAGUAGCAUGACAUGGGGGACAUUUUGUUGGCCCAGGACUUUUUAAUUUAAAAAUAACCUUUCCUUUUUAUACCUUAUUAUGAACACUAUACUCUUUUUUUCUGCAGGAAUUGUAUUAUUUUGUUGUACAUCCACAAUGAGCGUCUAUGUUUUUAAACUGUAAAUGUGUGUGUGUGUGGUCUUGUUUUUGCUGAUAAUAAAGAGAGAUUCAUGACUCUGAACUGUUUAAA